AUGUCAAAAACGGUUUCUGAGCGCUCCAAGCGCAAGAGGUCCUCCAUCCAAGAGGAACCCACCAAGCGUCGACGCUCAUCGGUAUCAAGCGAUGAGUCCGAAGACCCCAACGCCAAGAUUCUUCUGAUGGAAAAGGGCAUUUUGGAGUCGAGAAAAAACUACAAUGACAUUGCUGUUCUUCUCGGUACUGCUAAUGGCUUCAAGAAUGGCGACGCAGAAAGUAUGCUAGCCACAGUCGCUCUGUGCCGAAUUUUUCUACGGUUACUUGCCCAAGGAUCCAUGACUUCCAAGAAGACUCUUUCUGACAAGGACAAAACUGUCGUGAACUGGCUCAAGAAGCAGUUUGAAGAGUUCAAGAAAACUCUACUUGCUAUGCUAGAGGAUGAAGAACUGGCACCCACAGCCCUGACCUUGAGUAUGAGGACGCUCAAAGGCGAGGGUGAGUCUCUCUACAAUCGUGAAGACUACACAUUCCCACGUGCUUUCCUCCUCGAAAUUGUUUCUUCCUUGCUUGAGAGUGACAAUGAGGAGGUGAUGAAGACCUAUGUCGAGGAAUUUGUGGAAGAGUAUGAUGAUCUUCGUUUCUACACAUUCGAUGUUGUCAAGAAUAUUAUAAAGGCGCAUGAAGACAGUCCCUCACCACAGCUUUUUGAACGCUGCUUCGCGUUGCUCUCAGCUCUCGAUGGCGUACCUGAGUCUGCCAAUCAACUCGAGGAUUUCUAUAUUCCUAAGCCCAAGAAGAAGGGUCACCCUCUCUGCAGCGUAAACAAGCACAAGAAACAAGGUCAGGAUGCAUGGUUUGCUCUGAUGGGCCUUAUCGGUGAAGACGGGCAACGGCAACGAAAACAGAUCCUCGAAGUCCUCGCGACAGUGAUUGCGCCCUGGUUCGCACAGCCCGAGGUUCUCUCGGACUUCUUGACAGACUGCUACGAUGCAGGCGGUUCGACUUCUCUCCUCGCUCUUUCCGGCGUCUUUUACUUGAUCUCAGAACGAAACCUCGACUAUCCAUCCUUUUACACCAAACUUUACUCUCUCCUUGAUCGCGACAUCCUGCAUUCUAAGCAUCGGUCUCGAUUCUUCCGUCUUCUCGACACCUUCCUUGCCUCGACACAUCUUCCGGCUGCCCUGGUGGCUAGUUUCAUCAAGCGUCUUGCUCGUCUCUCACUGAACGCUCCUCCUGGAGCUAUUGUGUUCGUCACACCUUGGAUUUAUAACUUGCUCAAGCGUCACCCGACGUGCACAUUUAUGAUUCACCGCGAGAUUCGAGACCCAGAGGUGAAGAAGCACAUCGAGGAGCACGGUGCCGAAGACCCAUUUCUGCCAGACGAGACGGAUCCUAUCCACACGCAGGCGAUUGACAGUUGUUUGUGGGAGCUUGUCCAGCUGCAGUCGCAUUACCACCCUAAUGUUGCGACAAUCUCCAAAAUUAUCUCUGAGCAGUUCACUAAGCAGUCAUAUAACAUGGAGGAUUUCCUUGAUCACUCAUACGCUACUCUUCUCGAUGCUGAGAUAGCGAAGGAGAUCAAGAAGGCCCCUGUUACCGAGUUCCAUAUCCCUAAGAAGGUCUUUUUCCCCAAUGAGGGUGCUGAUGAGCCUGAUAACCUGUUUGUCAAAUUGUGGGAUUUUGGACAGAACUGA